AUGAAGUUCUCAAUAGCCAUCUCGAUAAAAAUAGUGGCCCCGGAUAGACAGUUGAAGGUCUUUUUUGAAAGUUUGAAAGAUGUCAUGAGAUCUGAAAACAAUACCCUAGGAAUUCCAGUUCUCGAUCCUUUUGAAACUGAUUUUCAAAAUAUCACCAUCAACAACGAUCUAUUCAGCGUCGAUUUCAACGCGAGUAAUCUCAAGGUUGGGGGCUUGUCCAAUUAUAUAGUCAACGAAGCUCAUUUCAAAUUUCAAGACCAGGAAUUGACGCUCAACGCAACCUGGUCUAGUUUAAAAGUGGUGACUUCGUACGGUUUAAAAGCAUUCAAAAAAGACUGGCCGGAUUUUCCUCUUUUCGGAAAUGGUGAUACAGUGUUUGAUGCCAAAGACCUCACAGUCGCGGUCAAGAUAAAACUCAGUGCAGCUAAAGAAACAAACAAAUUAUCAAUUGAUGCUUUAUCCACAAAUAUCUCCCUGGGAUCGAUCGACUUUCGCGCUACCGGUAUCUAUGACGAUGAGGAGGCCUCAGAGACUAUAAAUAAAUUAAUCAGCUCAUCGCUGCCUCACGCCGUCAACUUCCACCAGUAUUUAUUUAUUGGCACAAUUGAUUCCGAACUGACGAAGUUGCUCGAUGGUUUCAUCAACGAAAAAACAUUGGAACAUGCGACCCACAUCAUUGGUUAA